GAACUCCUGAAGAGUGUAUCUUCACCUCCAGCGUCUACUCUGUCGAGGCUUUUAUUCUAGCUGCCCAGUGAAUGCGUGAUUAGAUAGCAUUUGUCAGUGCUGAAUCGUCCGCGCUGUAGAAUAGAUGCCUCGGGAUCGCUCCGAGCUGCCAAGCGAGGAGAGCUAGGAGCUACGUGUGUGUGUGUGUGUGCGCGCGUCCGCGUUUGUUAUCGCAAGUCGUGUGCGAAAACGGAUGAGGUUCGGCAAGGCCUGAGUUAGUGUGGUUGGAAAAUUUCGGGGAGAAAGGUGAAAGUUGUCGCCGAAACGCGCCGCACAUAAAGCAGCCGGAGAGCGCAAGGAGCAGCCGGAGUGUGUUUGUGGGUGUGUAUGUGUGUGUGUGGUUAAGUAGUAAAGUUUGGGGCCGGAAGUGGGCCCAGCGCGGCAAGGACACUCUACCUGAGACAGGUUGGCAAUAGCUUUCCCUGGUCACAGCCAAUCAACCAAUCAACCCAACAGUACGUUGUGAGAAUUGAGGAAGUUCUGGAAAAAUUCUGGAAAAAUUCUGGAAAAAAAUCUGGAAGAUCCGAUUUUUGGAGCAUCCAGCAACGCCCGAACUCGAGCGCCAAAAUAGCCUGAGCAAGCCUGCCCGAUUUCAAAGCUGGGACCGACCUGGGUGUGGAAGAAGUCACGCAUCAAUCAAACGGUCGUGGUGCCACCGACGACGAGCUCAACCUAACCGCUUGCAGUCGACGACGCAGACGACGAACCCGGCGCUCGGGGAUAUUCUGUGGCGUCUUCUUUGCUGGCGUGCUACUGCGCACUGCUGCAGGAUGCAAUAUGGUUGGGAUCGUGCACCGUUCCGCCAGUAGGGUAACGCCCCCAGUGCCUGUCGGUCGGAACAGUCCGGACGAGCCCAUCCAGUGGUGCAUCAGUGCCGAGCGAGGCAGCAUCAGCAGUCGAAGCGUUUGACCCUGUGCGCCCAUCUGCGUCCCCGGCUACUGCUGAAUGCGAUGCAUUAAGGCAGUUUAAGUAAACAACUGCAACCGAACAAACUGUAAACAGAAGCGCGCAAUUUGCGUCCAUACGCGAAAGGAAAGGAAAAGGAAAAGAAAAACAAAACCCUUGUGCUAGUGGUACGUCCAUUUUUUUGGUGUGUGCAAUUUCUUUCCCUUCCGUGGGUUCACAAGGAGCGUGGUUUUGAAGUUGUGGUCCCCUCCCCACUGUGAGGUGUGAUUGUGACCAGCUCCAGGUAUCCAGAUAUCACACAGGCGCCGCACAGGCGCUCCAAAACGUUUCAGUUCUUUGCCGUACUUCCUCCAACGCCGAACAUCAUUGGCGCACCGGGAAGUAAGUGAAUCGAGCCAACAGAAGGAAACGCGAGAGCGAGCAAGCGAGUUCCCCGCAUUUAAGCACCGUUGUGUGUGUGUGUGUGUGCUUCCUGGGUGUGCUCCAACGCGUCUUCAAAGCAGCUAAACACCGGGUCACCAGCCGGAAUCGCCCCAAGUGCACGCAGCCACCGCCGGGAGGAUGGAACAGAUCGUUACCACGAGUGUCUGCUUUUUAAUGAUUUUGGCCAUCGUUCGCGUAGGCAGCGUUCCUGCACCGAGUGACAUCAUAUCAGGGCGAGAGUUCCUAUCGAUACUCAUGAAACCGACCGCCGAAACAUCACCAUCAUCGGGUGCUGCGAAUGGUGGCGGAGCUGCUGCACCAGCGCGCAACUUCCGGGGGCUGCGCAAGUUUCGGCACUUUUACCUCGAUCAGUCCGGCACGAACGAUGACACGAUACUGCCGAUCGAGGCACUGUUCACGUCGCAGGAGGAUCUGGACCGGAGCAGCACCCGGUUCUACGGCUACCGGAGGGGCGGCCAACGGGCCAGUAGUAAUGGUGGCUCUACCACUACCACCACCAGUACCAGUACGACACCUUCCACAACGACGGUAGAGGAAGAAGCGUUGGUGAACGGUGUCGAUCCGGGCAUCACCACUACCGCAUCACCGCCGCCACCCUCGUGGCACGUUGACGGCGAGCCAACGACGCCGCCGAUGGAGGCGAACGGUGGUACCGCGGGCGAGAGUGCCGAGCUGACGACCCUGGAUGACGCUAGCACCACCACCGUGCCGCCGCUGGAGGAGGAGGAGGAGAAGGAUCAAACGACGGCAGCGCUACCACCGGUGGUGGUGGCCCGAUCGCCCGGUGGUGCGCGGUACGCCAAGCGGGCCAAAGCGAUCCAGCAGCCGGUCGAGUCGGCGGCGCACCAUUCGCACGCCCACCGGACCGAGCUGUCCGUCGAGGAGCUCAGCCCAACGAUCAGCAAGGAGGAGGAGCCGGCGCCGCUCGACGACUCGGCCAAGGGGGAAUCGUCGGCGGUGGCGAAGCUGAUCGCACCGCCAGCCGGCUCCCCGCAGCGGUACCGCACGCAGCGCAAGCAAGAGUCCGCCGGUGGUCAACCCUUCCAAACGGUGCGCUACCACGACCGCAAGCCAACUACGGGCGACGUCGGCACGCUAGCCUGGCGCGAUAAUGACGGCGACCAGAAGGCGCAGCUGAAGCCGGCAAUGAGGGAGAAGAGCAGCAGCAGCAUCGGCCCGGCGCCGAUGUACUCCGAGCCGGCCCGGUUCUACUCCGAGCCGGCCCAGUACUACUCCGAGCCGGCGAAGGUGUACUCGGAACCGGCCAGGAUCUACGGCGAGCCGGAAAAGGUGUACUCGGAGCCGGCGCGCGUCUACUCCGAACCGGCGAAGGUGUACUCCGAGCCGGCGCGCAUCUACUCCGAGCCGGCGAAGGUGUACUCGGAGCCGGCCAAGAUCUACUCGCAGCCGUCCAGCUACUGGCAGACGGUCUACUCGGCGCGCCCGGCAGAUCCAACGACGACCGCAGCCGCCCCAACGACGACCACGAUGCCGACAACGACGACGACGACGACGACGGCGGAACCGGUCGUCAGCACGGAACCGUCCACCGCACCGGUGCGGCUGGUGUUUAACGAGCUGGACAAGAUCCCGUACGACCAGCUGAACGCACCGACGGUCGACGGUGAGGAUGCCGGCAGCUCGAUUCACAGCGCGAUCGGGAAGUUUGUGCCGAAGCAGAGCCACGGCCAAGGCGCCGGCGAGGAGGACCCACGGCAGACGUUGGGCGUGCAGCAGCAGCAGCAGCAGCAGCAGCCGGCGGUGGUGGUCCAGACACUUGCGCCCGGAGUGCUCGGCCCGGGCGACGACUCGAAGGUGGGGUACGUGGUCGAGGGCCGCAACUACCGCAAGUACCGGGUGGAGGAGAAAACACCGGACGGGUUCAUCGUGGGCGAGUACGGCGUGCUGUCGCACAACGAUGGCAAUCUGCGCGGCGUCCGGUAUACGGCCGAUUCCGACAUCAAUCCACGCCUGAUCUACGACGCACUGCUCAAGUUUCUCUCCCUGUGAGUGGUGUUUGUGUGCGUGUGUGUGUGUGUGUGUUUAGCAUCCGAAGUCGAGUCAUACGUAGCCAAAUAGAAGAGCGAAGCGAGCGAGAGUAGGUUGUGAGCGCGCGAGCCAGCCAGGUCUGGGAGGAUGUUAGCGAAGCUGACAGUUAGCGAAGCUGACAGUAGCGUACAGGAUACAUAUAGAGGUGCGUGUGUGAGAGAGAGAGGGAAGGAGAUAGCGAGAGAGAUAGCGAGAGAGAUAGCGAGAGAAAGAGUGUGAGAGAGAGAGAGAGAGAGAGAGAGAG